AUGGCCUCACUAAGUCAAUCAACUGUUCAGUGGCAAAACAACAUGAUGUCGAAUGUGUCCAGCUCUGUUGAUGCACCGAACAAUAGCUCUGAUGAUGCACUGGACAAUUAUAUUAAUACCAAUGUUGUUGAUGAAGAAGGUACUACUACUCUAGAUAGCCACAUAUACAAGAUUUUUAGGAAUCGGUUCGUAGUACUUAUUAUCAUUCGCCGAAUGACACUAGAUAUUGGAUACCCAAUGUUGUCGACAACUAAGAAAUCAAAAGAUGGUACUGUUAGACUUAGGUAUGUUCUUUGUAGUAGAUCGGGAAAGCCCAAUUGCCAAAAUGUUGAUUCAAUGCUUUUAAAGUCAUCUUCCAAGUUGCCUCGUAGCAGUAAUUACAAGUUUUCAGACUGUAAAGCUAAAAUAAAGGUUAAAGUUUUCAAGGGUUAUCCUGGUUUACGGUUAUAUGAAUUUGUUGAGUCUCAUAAUCACCCGUUAGUUUCAAUUGAGAACAUGGAUUUGACGCGCAAGAGGCGGCAACUAGAAUUUAGCGACCAAGAUUUCAUUCAUAGGCUAAGUUUAGCUAAAGUUGGCCCGUCAACUGCCUUUAAGAUGCAAGCUGUUUUGAAAGGGGGACAACACAACGUCCGUGAUGAGGUUAUGAAGUGCAAUUACAGAGUUUUUGGCGAAGUAUUAGCUUUUGAUGCCACCUACUGUACUAACCAGUAUAAUAUGAUUUUUGUUCCUUUUACGGGGGUUGAUCACCAUAAGAAUUGCGUAACAUUUGCGGCUGCUCUUCUUUAUGAUGAAACUAUUGAGUCGUUCACAUGGAUGUUGGAACAAUUUCUUGAAGCACAUGUUAAACAACCGAGGCUAGUGUUAACCGACCAAGACCCGGCAAUGAAACAAGCCAUAGCUAAAGUUUUCAAUGAAUCUGUCCAUCGUCUAUGUAUGUGGCAUAUUAUGGAUAAACUUCCUCAUAAGAUUGAUGGUGAUGUGUUACAGAAUACCAACUUGAGGCGUCACAAGUGGUUGUCUGAUAUGUUUUCUAUUAGAGAUCAGUGGGUCCCAGUUUAUGUUGUGUUUUGA